ACAACAUGGUUGGACUGUGAAAACCAGGAAGUACCUCUUCCUGCUCUUGUGCUCUGAACGAUGGAGCAAACUAAAAGUGAACCCCGUGAAAAAUCAUUUACUUGCCAGUCGUGUGGUCUAAGUAGCCCGUUUACUUACUACGGCCAGAAACCACCUAACACAAGAGCCAUUGUAUUGCUUGAGGAGUGUUUCGUGACCAGAGACCCCUUCAGUCCGGACAGAGAAAAGUUUCUUGUUUUGGGCUCUAGCUGCAGCCUGUGCAGCAUGUGCGUCUGUGUUGCACCGGAAUGCAGUCUUUUCUACACCAAGAGGUUUUGCAUGCAGUGUGUGAACAAGCACUUGGACCAGUUCCCCCAGCAGAUCCGGGCCGAGCUGGCCAAGAAGAAGCAGAGCACCAAAGCUGCCAUCUCAUGACAUUUGGAGUAGAGACCCUUCACCUGCUGACAUAUGGAAGAGAAAUUGUCUGAAUGGUCAGAUAAAGACUCACAAAUAUGUCAUGCAGGGCCAAAAUGCAGAAAGACAACCAACACACCUAAAAACUAAUUAUCCUAAAAAGGAAGAAGAAAAGAAAAACGACAACUACACAUCAACGUUUUUUUUUACCUGUAUGUUUGUUUCAAGCCAAUUUAAGUAAGAUGUAAAUGUGUAUUAUUUCUCAUUAGAGAAUUAAAAAAAAAAAGGAAGCAAGUGGUGGGAUUAACUGGAGUUGCUGGGCCAUUGUGUGAUGUGGUUGCAGGUUCACAUGCAGACCUUUUUGGUUGGCUGCAGUAAAAAAAUACACCCUGAUGUAAUUAGCUGAAAGUGCUUUGCAGUUGCUAUAAAUGUUCUGUUAUCAAAAAAAGCAGAGGAGGAUUUUUAUUUAUUUGUGGUAAUGGCAUCUUAAGAUAGUUGGUAAUGAUUUUAUUAUUGGAGCACAUGUUCUAUUUUAUGGCCCUUAUCAAGGCACAGCAUCGCACUAUUUGCUAAUAGCUGCUGUUCUGCCCAAUACCACCACUAUUUUGGUCGUCUCCCUAAGUGAUAGUAAGAGAGUUCUGAUGUGGACGCUGUAAUGUUCUUCAAGACCAGUUGCUGGGCAGAUUAAAAACCAGAUUCCUGUUUUCAUAGCCAUUGCAGAGGAGAGACUGUACUUCAUGAAUUUUACCUGUUGUAUUAUGCUUAAUGAGGAAAUACAUCUGUAUUAGUUUUCAUAAACCUGUGGCUAUAAUAACUUUUAAAAUGACACGCUGGUGGAUACUACAGAUGUGUGUUGUGACAGUUACACAUCCUUUGUGUCUGUGGUCAGAGGUUUCUUUGUUGACUUCUGUGCGGUCAUAUUUUUUUUUAACUGUGUAAUCUCAAACUAUAAAAAGACACAUCCAGUAGUGACCUUU